CCCCACUUCCACUCCAACGAUCCACUCGAUCCUCACGACUCGACGUGCACGACACACGCGAGAGGGAGAGCGAGCAUUCAUAGUCCCCAGACGAGAGUAGAGCUAGUCAGUAGUGUCGCCGCUCAGCAGGCAUUCUCCGCCACGACGACGCGAUGAGUUGUCAUCAGCAGCACCAGCAAGGGCAGCAUCGCCAUCAUUCUCAGUCCAAUGGCGGCGCAUCUGGUGUCCACGACGCGUCUUCCGCUGGUCCACCUGCAGCAUCCGACUUCCCUCCAGAUGCAUCCGAUGUCCUCGACUUCUACUACGAGGCACGCAAUGCUACUGGAGGGUCGGCUGAGCUCAGCGAGUCCCUGGCUGCCUCAUCUGCCGCUUUGGCCCUCGAGGCAGCUCGCGCUGAUCCAUUCAAGGGCCAAAGGCCGGCUUCCUCGUCUUCGUCAGCAUCGCCUUCGUCCAACAAUCGUGGCGGCAGUGGCAACGGUGGAGGAGCAGGACAGUACAGCAAUACCAAGCAGUACUCGCCUCAGCUCGCCGUCUUCCCUGGUCAACAGCCGCAAGGCAACGCCAGACCAAUCUCUGCCAUCCGCUCGUCCGGCGACGAGGCAGUCGACGAGCAGCAACAACAACAACACGAGCAGCAGCAGCAGCAGCAAGUCGAUGAGCAUCAAGAGCACCAACACAUGGCUGAACAGAUGGCAGACGAAAGUCACUUGCAUGACCAGGCCAACAAUGGCUCCCUGCUCAGCUACGAUGACCCACAACAGCACCAGCAGCACGAACACCAACACCAUCAGCAACACGACGAAGCUCAGCCAUCCGCUUCCACGUCGACGACGCGUGAUUCGCAACAAGUAGCUCCACCAACCCCAGGCGCGUCCGAUGCGGACACGUCGAUGAUGUCGCAGCAGGGUUUGGGAGUGCCAAAGAAGCGCAAAACGUUCAAGUACCUGCAGGACGAGCCUCCCCCGAGCGAGGCGAAUGAUCCUGCUCAUCCGCCUGAGAAGAGGAAGAAGGUACAAAAGGCGUGUAGACCUUGCAAACGUUCUCAUAUGCCCUGUGAGGCCAAGCGCCCGUGCCCGAGAUGCGUCAAACGCGGUAUCCCCGAGCUCUGCGUCGACGCCGAGCCUAUCCAGCGACGAAGCCGCAAGUCGCAAGCCAAUGCUGCCGCUACCGCCAGCAGCAAUACCACGACGAAUGACAGCAAUGCCAACGCAAGCACCAGCGACACUGCAGCUGGCCUUUCCUCGGUCGACGCCGAUGCAGCAGCUCAGCACGCCGUCAAUGCCUCGGAGAUUGAGCAGCUUGCAAAGGCAGCCGAAGCGAUCCGCACUCCUCCCGGCGCCCCAUCUGCCUCAGAUCACCACCACCACCAUCAUCAUCACCACCACGAUGAAACGCAGUACGGCAUCGCCCCCAUGCGUGCCUCUCUCGACACGUUGGACCCUUCCCGGAUUGAAAUACUCCACAAAGCCCUAACCGAUGGCGAGCCAGACCUCCUCGACCUCUUCGGCGGGGACCCGCUCUCCCUCCUUGCUGACCCGGCGCUCGAGUCAUCAGUAUACAUAACCCAAUACGACGAAGGGCCCUCCGCCUCUUCCUCCUCGUCAGCCCAAGGGUACAAUGCCGCCGGUUUCUCCCACACUCGCAGCUACGCGCGCUUGGCACGCUGGGCAUUCGACCAUCUCCCCGAGCAUGUGGCUACAGAGCUUGACCCGAUCACGGGUUCAGCGAGGGGUCAUUUCCUGCAGCUCGUCCAGUCUACCCCGCCUAUGACGCAUCACGACCACCUCGCCGGUGCGGCAUCAGACGUAGAGGCACUCGAGUCCGACUUCCAGGCUACUCUCGCAGCACUGCAGCACGAGAACUUCCUCGACCACGUGCCCGUUCCCAUGCUCGUGGCCCGUCGAUCUGGGGACAUCUAUGCGGCCAACUCGAGUCUUCGCGAGCUCCUCCACCUCGACGACGAGACAGCCCUCUGCAACCCAGACGUGGGCAGAUUAAACGUCAUCCAGUUGGGCGCGGGGCGCAGGGUACUCGAGUUGGCCAAGUUGCUCACCAACUCGCAAGUCUUCCAGCUCGGACAGACAGUCAGCGCGACCAUCCCGCUUCAGCUGAACUACGCGAGGAGAAGCUUUGGAUCGGCUUCGAGUGCAGCGGCGGCUGCUACGGCGGCAGCAGCAGAAGCAGCAGCAGCCGCUGCAGCAGCCGCGGCCGCCGCUGCUGUUGGUGGUGGGCAGGAUGGGAACCAGGCUGGAUCGUCGAGCGGUGGUGGCGGUGGGCGGGGGCGUGGGUCCAAGGCAGCAGCUGCUGCAGCAGCGGCCGCGGAUGGCAAUGGCUCCUCGUCUUCGUCAUCGGGAUUGCAGCCAGGCGAGAAGAACUUCGUCGUCAGUCUCAGGACCCGCGAGUGGAGGGACGGCUGGCCCUUGAUCGUCACUUGCACACUAACGCCGGCGUAGAGUGGACGCGACGAACCCCUCUUCAUCACCGUCAAAAGGGCUUGAGAAAGCCUCUCUCGUCUCUGUUCGUUCCACUUUUCUGUUGUACCUAACACCACCUAGCCCCUCAUCACCUUACCCGACGUCAUCAUUGGUGCGUCUCCCCUCUCUAUCCGGUCACGGCUUCAGUCAAAUCUCAUCGAUCUUCUCUAUUUGCGCGACUCUGCCGAGCAUGGCUGGAUGAUAUUGAAUGAAAGGCGGAGUAGCGCCGGCCUACUUGU